CCCUCGGUUCCCCCUUGACGUUGUCGGUGCUUGGCUCUCUCCUCGGCGUCGCUCCGUUCAGUCUUCACCAUCGUUUUAGAGCAAGAGAAGAGGAAAGGACUUCCAAUCAUGGCAUCCAGGCCAGAGCUGCUCGCUCCGCCUGAGAUUUUCUACGAUGAUACUGAAGCUCGCAAGUACACAUCUUCUUCGCGAAUUAUUGAAAUUCAGGCGGUGCUUUCUGAAAGAGCUCUGGAGCUACUUGCUUUGCCCGAUGACGGCAUUCCCAAGUUACUCCUAGAUAUUGGUUGUGGAUCUGGACUUAGUGGGGAGACACUUACAGAGAACGGACACCACUGGAUUGGCCUGGACAUUUCACCAUCAAUGCUUAAUAUUGCAUCGGAGCGAGAGGCUGAGGGAGACCUUUUACUUGGUGAUAUGGGUCAGGGUUUAGGGCUUCGUCCUGGAGUUAUCGAUGGUGCCAUUAGCAUCUCUGCAGUUCAGUGGUUAUGCAAUGCUGAUAAAUCCUCUCACAAUCCAAGAUUAAGAUUGAAGGCUUUCUUUACAUCUUUAUACAAAUGCUUGUCAAAUGGAUCUAGAGCAGUGUUUCAAUUAUAUCCUGAAAGUCUACAGCAGCGUGAAUUGAUUCUAAAUGCUGCAAUGCAUGCUGGUUUUUCUGGUGGUAUAGUCGUGGAUUUUCCUCACAGUUCAAAGAGGAGAAAAGAAUUUCUUGUCCUCACAUGUGGUCAACGAACGAUAAACACAUCAGUAACCAAGGGCAAAGGUGAAGAUGGGGAGAGUUGCUCUGACGAUGAAAGUGAGGAUGAAGAGAAUAAAACGGUCUGUAUCUCAGAUAGGCAUAGGCCUAAGAAGAAACAGAAGCAUAACAAGAGUGGGAAGGGAAGGGAAUGGAUACUGAGGAAGAAAGAGCAAAUGAGAAGGAGAGGAAAUGUGGUGCCUCCAGACACCAAGUACACAGGUCGGAAACGCAAGGAUCGCUUCUGAUCUUGUUUGUUUGGCACUUGCCUCGGAAUUAAUCAGGCACUAGGCUUUGCGUCCUGCUAAGGCCCCAGACAAGUUUUGUUCAUUCAGUAUAUUAUUUAAUAUUUUAUCGGAGCAUAGGAUUCGGAACAAUUUUGUGGGUUUGGAUAAUGUGUUUUCUGCUUUACCCUUUUUUUGGCUAAUUAAGAGAUUUGUAUUCUUAAUUUACCUUCAAAUGGUUUGUGAUCUUUGACUGUCAGAUACAUAUCAAAGCUCAUAACCAGUUCUGAUGUAAAUCGAAAUUCUAUGGAGGUAAUUUUUGAAGGGAAUAACGGAAAA